AUCUGUUGAAAAUAUAAUACAUCAAUUUCAAAACAGGCCAUUGCGAAGUGUUCGACUGUGUAAUAAAGCAUUGUUGUGUGUACUGUACUUUUAUUUACGUUAUUCUACGAUUAAAAAAAAACAAUGCUUCGCCCGAUUAUGCUAAAUAUUAUUAGAAGAUUAAAUUGCUUAUCGAAAGAUGAUUUGUGUAUCAAGGUUGAGAAAACGUUUAGUGCUAAUGCAGCAUUUGCUCAUAGAAACAACAGGAAAGUCGUGCUGUUGAAUCAUUUCCGAAAUUGCACUACCAACGAAAAGGAUAACGAUAAAUCUGAAGCAGUGGAUCCCAGUAAAGAUAGAUCUAAAGUAAUUUCACCAGAAACCAGUAUUCGCUAUUUGGAAAGUAAAGCUUACCGUGAUACUUACCAGGAUAAACCAGUUUGGGUUCCUUACCGAAGGAAUUUUAAAGGAACGAUUGCACCUCGCACUAGAAAAACGUGUAUAAGGGCAGAUAAGAUUUCGACGGGUAGCCCGUGUCCCAUUUGCAGGGACGAAUAUUUGGUUUUACACCACACGAAUGUGAAACUGUUAAAACAGUUUAUAUGUCCGUAUACGGGGGAAAUUUAUCCGACGGAUAAGACGGGACUGUGCCAGAGACAACAAAAGAAUCUUUUAAUUGCUAUUCAGAUGGCUAAAGAUUACGGCAACAUCAGUUUUGAAGUACCGUUUCGGAGAUACGACUACGAAGAAUUUUUCUCCCAGACAAUUUGUAGUUAAAAGUCUAAAAUCUAUGUCUUUUUGAUUUCUAGAUGGUUAACGCUAUGAUAAACUGUUGUUUAAAUAUUAUAGAAAUUUUGUUUUGAUUAACUGUUGAAAAGAUGAUUAUUAUUUAAAAUUCAAUUGUAUUUAUUGGAAGGAUUAUUAAAUACAAU